AUGCACUCGCUGGGUCUGACCACUCUCCUGCUGCUUGUCGCCGUAGCCUGCGCUGGCUUCGCGGCCGGAGCCCCGGCGCACCCGGUGGUCUUCUUCCCGGGCUACAGCCUGUCCGUCUUUGAGGUCACUGUCACCAACCAGACCGUCCAGCCUUCGUGCCCCGCCUCGGGCACCUACCGGCUCCACUUCGAGGCCGACGCGGUCCAGAAUGGGUUCGACAUCACCUGCAUGACCAACCUCUUGGCCCUCAACUACUCGACCGAGACCGGGCGCUUCUCCGGCCAGGAGGGAGUCAGCGUGGCGCUCAAGGACUACGGCCACCCGGCCUGCGCGCCCUUCUACGAGCCCUUCUUCGUCGCUAUGGAGGGGGCGGGCCUGGUGCGCAACACCACCCUGCUGGCGGCCUGCUUCGACUGGCGCAUGGCGCCCAACGUUGAUGUGAUUCCGGGCACCAACUUCAUGGCGGACACCCGCGAGCUGGUCAUUCGGGCCUACGAAGCGGCCAACCAAACCAAGGUGUACCUGGUGGGCCACUCCAACGGUCCCAUCGUGGCCCAGUACUUCCUUCUUCACGCUGGCGCCGACUUCCGCGAGAAGUACAUCGCUGGGUUCAUCCCCUACGCGGGCAACUGGGCCGGCGGUGGACUGAUGACAUCGCUGCUCUUCGAAGGCCUGUCCGUGCUCGACUUCACCUUCCUCCCGAGCACGGCCGCCACCUUCGAGGCCUGGCCCUCGACCUACUUCUCCGCCGCCCAGCCGGCCACCUUCAAGCGGGUCAUCACCCUCAUCCGCACCCCCGAGCGCAACUACACGCCCGAAGACUACACCCAGCUGUGGGCCGACAGCGGGCUCGAGCUGGCGGCCGUGCUCAACCCCAAGUACAACGGGCUGGUCAAGCCCACCAUGUUCCCCGAGGUGCCUGUCUUCAACUUCUUCGGCUCCAACAUUUCGACCAUCGUCGGCACUGCGCGGGCCAACCUCACUGUCGGUCAGAGCUCCACAGCGUACCUCGAGGCGCUGGGGGACAUCAACCAGGAGUACAUCACGAACGAGUCGAACGAGAUCUGGUCGGAGAUGAGGUGCGACUCGUUCACGAACAAGGACCUGCCGAACGUGGACCACUUUGCCCUGCCCAACCACCCGGACGUGCUCAACGCCACCGUGGCCAUCAUCAAGGCGCCCACGCCCGGCGACCUCUGCUCCGGCGCUGCCGGCCCGCUGCUGGCCAACAGCUGGCUGCGCCUCAUCAUGUGA